GCGGUGAAAUACAGCGUAUUUCACUAGCCAUUGCCUUAUCCUGUAAACCCGAAGUAUUGUUACUUGACGAACCAACCUCAGCGUUAGAUCCAACGACCUGCCUUCUAGUUGAAGAAUCUCUAAAAGAGUACGCUUGUAUCUGGGUUACACAUGAUGUGGAACAAGAGAAACGCGUUUCAACUCACAAAUUUGUACUAAAUCCUCGUGUCGAAAGAGAUGAACAAGUGCUAGUUCCCAUCUAA